CAGAGAGGGGUAGGGGUGUAGCAUGGCAGCGGAGAGAAAGCGGAAUUGGAAUAAAGAAGAUGAUCUUCCCGUGUAUCUGGCUAGACCCGGCACCACUGCCCAGACCCCCCGGGUAAAAUACGGGGGCAUGUUCGCCUCUGUGGAGGGCGCCUAUGAGAACAAGACCAUUGAUUUCGAUGCCUACAGCGUGGGGAAGAAAGGGACCCGCACACCCCGGAGCAGCAGCAGGCCGGACAUGGACGGGGAGAAUUUCAGUGAGACGGCCAGUGAUGUCAGUGAGAUCUCCGGCUCUGUCAUCAGCUCCCCCGGAGAAAGGGAGGACCGGACCCCCGGCAUAGAGAUCAAGUACACUGGAGGCAAGGAGCUGCUGCAGGGCGAGGACAAUGGCAAGAGUGAUCGACUUCUUAUUAAAGGUGGGAGAAUUAUUAAUGAUGACCAGUCCUUCUACGCAGAUGUUUACCUCGAAGAUGGCCUUAUUAAACAAAUUGGGGAAAACCUAAUUGUUCCUGGAGGAGUAAAAACGCUUGAAGCCAAUGGACGGAUGGUCAUUCCUGGUGGCAUUGAUGUCAACACUUAUCUCCAGAAGCCCUACCUGGGCAUGUCAACAGUAGAUGACUUUUACCAAGGCACCAAGGCAGCUGUAGCUGGAGGAACAACCAUGAUCAUUGACCAUGUUGUUCCUGAUCCUGGAUCAAAUAUACUGGCUUCGUUUGAAAAGUGGCACGAGGUGGCUGAUACAAAGUCCUGCUGCGACUAUUCCCUCCAUGUAGACAUUACCUGUUGGUACGAUGGCAUCCGAGAGGAACUAGACAUUCUUAUGCAAGAUAAAGGUGUGAACUCUUUCCAGGUGUACAUGGCCUACAAAGAUAUAUACCAAAUGUCAGACAGCCAGCUAUACGAAAUCUUCACCUUUCUGAAGGAACAUGGUGCUGUAGUCAUGGUACAUGCAGAAAACGGGGAUUUAAUAGCUCAGGAACAAAAGCGGAUCCUGGAAAUGGGCAUCACUGGACCCGAAGGACACGCACUGAGCCGGCCGGAAGAGCUGGAGGCGGAGGCAGUGUUCCGGGCCAUAGCUAUAGCAAGUCAAAUCAACUGUCCAGUGUACAUUACCAAAGUGAUGAGCAAGAGCGCCUCUGAUGUUAUUGCACAAGCCAGGAAGAAAGGAGCGAUCGUGUUUGGAGAGCCGAUUACUGCCAGUAUAGGGACAGACGGGACCCAUUACUGGAGCAAAAACUGGGCAAAGGCUGCUGCAUUCAUCACUUCGCCUCCUCUCAGUCCAGACCCAACCACGCCUGAUUAUUUGACCACCAUGUUGGCAUGUGGUGAUCUCCAGGUGACAGGAAGUGGACACUGUUCCUACAGCACGGCACAAAAAGCAAUAGGAAAAGAUAACUUUACUUUAAUUCCAGAAGGAGUGAAUGGUAUAGAAGAGAGAAUGACCAUCGUGUGGGAUAAAGCUGUGACUACUGGCAAAAUGGAUGAAAACCAGUUUGUAGCAGUUACUAGUACAAACGCUGCCAAAAUCUUCAACCUCUACCCUAGAAAAGGGCGAAUUGCAGUUGGAUCAGAUGCUGAUGUUGUUAUCUGGGAUCCUGACAAGAUGAAGGCAAUAUCGGCAAAAAGUCAUAAAUCUGCGGUGGAAUAUAAUAUCUUCGAAGGGAUGGAGUGUCAUGGUGCCCCACUGGUGGUCAUAAGCCAAGGAAAAAUUGUCUUUGAAGAUGGCAACCUACAUGCUACCCAAGGCAUAGGACGAUUUAUACCUCGAAAACCUUUCCCAGAAUACAUCUACCAGCGUAUUAAGACAAGGAACAUGGUGAGCGGGCUGCAGCCUGUGUCUCGUGGGAUGUAUGAUGGACCAGUGUAUGAUGGACCAGUGUAUGAUGUUCCAGCUACUCCAAAGUAUGCAACCCCUGCCCCCUCAGCUAAAUCUUCACCCUCCAAGCCACAACCCCCUCCCAUUAGGAACCUUCACCAGUCUAACUUCAGUUUAUCAGGUGCACAAAUAGAUGAUAGCAACCCUCGCCGUACUGGACAUCGCAUUGUGGCUCCCCCUGGUGGACGUUCAAACAUCACAAGCCUGGGUUGAAUGGAAAGAAUGAAAAGACCUUGAGAAAGAGAA